CCAUUUUGUUCCACCUAUAUUUUCUCUUUACCUAAAGGUUUAAGGGCCUCUUCUUCUCUCUCUCGCCUCUGCAACUUCCAACUGCACCUUCCAUAGCUCCAUUGCACCUGUGAAUUUCACCGAGCACAAUGAAUCGACGCGCGAACGUUUCACUCUUCAACUCAUUCUUCAGAAUCGGACACUCUGUUCGCCAAUCUCCAAUACCCACUUCACUGAUUCCCUUCACAUCAUCGACUCACAUCAUCCCCGCUUCAAAUUUCCACUCUAUAUCCAAAUUCGCGAUUAUGCACAAUCUGAGAAGUUUCUGUGGUGGGUCGAGCGAGGUUGAUCAGAACAAAGAGGUGGACACCAUCAACCUCAAGUUUGUAGAAGCGAGGGAAGAGAUAGAUAUGGCCUUGGAGUCCAAAGAGACUGUGUAUUUCAAUGAAGAAGCUGAGUGUGCUCGUGCUGCUGUCAAUGAGGUUGUGGGCAUGUUUGAACGAUUGUUGGCGAGGUUGCCGGAGAAGGAUAGAGCAGCUUUGCAGAGAUCAAUGGGUUUGAAGAUUGAACAGUUGAAAGCUGAGCUUCAACAAUUGGAUGAGUAAGAGUAAGACACUUUUCUUUAUUUGAUGGUUGUUGCUUAUGCUAGUCAAUGAGUUUAGCUCAGGGAUUCUUAGGGUAUUUAAUUUUGGUGUAAUUUUAAAUAAAUAGAUUGAAAGCCAUCUUUGAUGAUUAUGUGUUUGGAUAAUAGUUGAAUUCAAGUGCUUUCUUUUCAAUCCAUAAGAAGAAUUUCCUUGUU